GCUUGAGUAAUCUAUCACGUUUCUGAUAUUGAGAUCAGAUUCUGAUGCGUCUAUGGCAGAUCGGAAUCAUUUUCCAGUAACUAUUCUGCUUCAAAGCCAAAGGCAAGGAGCGCUACGCCAUUGACGGCCAAACUUCCCACCCUUCAAGGGUUUGCUAUCCGAUGCAAAUCUGACGAAGAUGGUGGACGAAAUAGGUGUAUGGAUGACCUGCCCAAUGACCAAAUAUCUUCAAGAUGAGCUCUCAAAACGAUUCAACCUCUUCAAAUCAUGGGAAAUCCCAUCCAAGGUCGAGUUCUUCAACCAACACUCACGUUCAAUCAGAGCACUUGUAGGAAACGGAAUCCAUGGAGCUGACUCCAGCUUAAUCGAGUCGCUUCCACGUCUAGAGAUCAUCUCGAGUCACAGUUCUGGUUUAAACCAAAUUGAUUUAGUAAAAUGCAAAGAAAAGGGGAUCUUCGUCACAUCCACUCCUGAUUCCUUGACUGAUGAAGUCGCUGAUUUGGCUGUAACACUUACUUUGGCGACUCUCAGAAGGAUUUGUGCAGGCGAUCGGUUCGUAAGAAGUGGGUUGUGGAAGCAACGAGACUUCAAAUUGACCACAAAAGUUAGUGGGAAAUCGGUGGGAAUUGUAGGGUUGGGAAGAAUCGGAUCAGCAAUUGCGAAGAGAUUGGAGGGAUUUGGUUGUCCAAUUAGUUACUACUCCAGAUCAGAGAAACCAAAUUCAGGUUACAAAUACUAUCCAAACGUGAUCGAAUUGGCUUCAAACAAUGAAAUCCUGGUUAUCGCCUGUUCAUUAACUGAAGCAAAUCAUCACAUAAUCAACCGUGAAGCCAUUGAUGCUUUAGGGCCAAAUGGAUUUCUCAUCAACAUCGCACGAGGGGCUCAUGUUGAUGAAUCAGAGCUCGUUUCAGCUCUUGUUGAAGGUAGACUUGGUGGUGCAGGGCUCGAUGUGCUUGAACAUGAACCUGAGGGAAGCUGUAGCCAGGUACUCCCGUCGGCUUUUGAGAAGCCGAAGCAUAUCGAGUCACGUCUUUAUAUUUUGUUAAUACUUUUGAUGUAUAAAAUCCAUGUAUCAAACAUAUGUAAAUUGUUGGGCUGAAGUUCUGUUUUAUGUUGCGUCUUUUGGGCUCGUAGAUUAGCCUUGUAUUCUCCGGUUUGGGCCUGUCCAACCGAGAGCCUUUUAUGUAUUGUAUAUAAGUUAAUGCUUGCAUGCAUAUUAGGUCAAGAUUUAAGAUUCAAGAUUUAAGUUUUGCAUUCCAGAGUUCUACGAUAUUGCUCUCUUGUAAUCUUCCAAUCCUUUACAGUUGAUGUUCUUAAUCGAGCUCUUCUAAGGAUUUUAUUUAAUCAUUCAACACGAUUGAUUCAA